AUGCGAGCUAUGCAGCAUUUGUCGCCCCGCGUCACACGUCCACGUCCAAGCCUUUUUUCUUUUUUCCGCGUGCACUUUGAGCCGAUGAGAUCGGCGUUUCUGUCCCGCCGUGACUGCGAUGCCGCGCCGUCUCUAAACAAGGCGACGAAGACGAAACACAAUCGACAACUGCAGCAUCAGCACGAGGAGCAAGCGUCGGUGAGGACAACCUUCCUCCUCCUCCUCCUCCUCCUCAGUGGCCUUAACCUCCCCCGUCCUUCCGUCAUUCUCCUGUCGGCCCCCCGCUAUUGUGUCCAGCUGUGGCCGUCACAGGGUGCGAGCGCUGGUGCUCACCUGCCAGGUCCUUGGCCUCAGGACGACUGCCAGCUUCCCUACAUGAGGGACAAAGCCACGCAGACCCCCAGGGCCUGGGCAGAUGAGAGGAGGCGGGGCUCCCACAAGCGAUCGGCCUCCUGCGGGAGCACCGACCAGCUCAAGGAGAUCGCCAAGCUGCGCCAGCAACUCCAGCGCAGCAAGCGGAGCAGUCGCCAUCGCAGGGACAAAGAACGCAAAUCGCCUUUCAAUGGCGGCAACCACGCCAUCAUGCAGUCGCAGGGUGUUUGUGUUUUGCAGGCGCCCAUUCCCAAGACCAUCCUGAUACCCAUCCCGAUAUCCAAGUCGUCCGCCCCUCGUUUCCGCAACAGCGUGGAGGGUCUCAACCAGGAGAUCGAACGCAUCAUCAUCCGAGACACCCCCGAGAAGGACGAGACCAUCGUGCCACAGGAUGUCCCCGACGGGCACCGCGCGCCGCCGCCCGUGCCCCCGCAGCGCAGCAGCAGCACCCGCAGCAUCGACACGCAGACCCCCUCGGGGGGCGGCGGCCUGGGCGGGAGCCACAGCAACAGCAGCAGCCGCCCCGACUCCAUCUCGCCAUCCUACCUCACCGUCCUCAACGAUGCGAGCGGCGGCGGCGGCGGCAGCCCCUUUGAGGAAAAAGAGCUGGGUCAAUACUCGCCGCUGCCAAAGUACGCCGCCUCGCCGCGGCCCAACAACAGCUACACGUUCAAGAGAGAACCUCCGGAGGGCUGCGAGAAAGUCAAAGUGUCUGAGGAGUCUCUGCCAAAAACCCUGCAGGAGAUCCCCCCCUUCCUGUGCCCCGACCGCAACAAAGUCAACUUCAUCCCCAACAGCGGUUCCGCCUUCUGCCUCGUCAGCAUCCUCAAGCCCCUGCUCCCCACCCCGGACCUUAACUUCCGCCCCGGGGUGGGCCUGCGUAGUCUGUCCCCGUCGCUGGUGCCUCUGUCCACCCAGCCCUGCCUCCUGGAGGAGCCCGAGAGCUUCUAAUGAGGCCUUUCCACGCAUCCUUCAACACUUUCAAGCUCCCUACGAGAAAAAAAACAACAACAAAAAAAAAAACGGCCUUCAGCAUGCAAGCACUCUGAUGUCUUUAGCCGCGUCUCCAUCGAGACGCGCUUUGUUCAAACGACGCUUCCCACUGCCUCACCCCCUCUGACAACACAUUUCAUUGUCCUCUUUUUUAUUCUUCUUAGCGUUUUUGGAAGGAAAAGGGCCUAAAGACCUUGAUUUCAUCGUACUAUACCAUGACGCCUUUCCACAAGACAUAUCUUUUUUUUAAUAUAUAUACUUAGAAAAGAUGCCUUCCACCACAGAAGGGCCAAGGUGCUGCCGGAAUGUAGCAAAACUUGAAGGGGGGGUAAGAAAAGAAAAAAAGGUGCCUAAUAUUUUAGACCACUUCGUUGAACAAAUCUGAUGUAGCGCCCACGGCGGGGCGAAGCUAACCAAUUCAUUUGGAUUUGCUAACGCUAAGAGUACACACGCGCACACACGUGCACAUACGGAAGUACUCCAUUUGAAACGCAUCCCAAGUGAAAAUACGGAAGUGCACUCAUUGCUACGCAGUACACGAAAGCCGCAAUCUUCUGCCCCCUUGUGGCGACACUUGUCAGACAGUUUAAAAACGACUUAUUGAAUCCACCAAGCGGUUAAUUGAUGGUGUACCGACUCGACGUAUCAUGUCUCCAGUCAACCUCCCCAUAUUUGUGCCAUAGGAAUGUACUUGGAUGUAAAUACAGGCGCACCGCCGGAUUGUAUCAUUAUAUGACGAAAGACAAUGAACAAUUGUAUCGUAUUCCACCCACAGCAUCACCCCCCAUUAAUUACCCUACGGCGCCGCUGAGUACUGUGAAUUACAUGUUAUCAUUAUUGUAAAUAGUAAUGUAUUUAUUUAUCAAGAGAGGAUGGAAUCAAUAAUAGCUGACGUCAUCCAUCUCAGGUCGUAGUGAACAGAGUGCACCCCCACCUCCCCUUCAAAAUAAAACUACUAUGCGUGUAGCGUCGCAGUCAACACCUUAUGAUGGAAACCGGUACUAAACAAGCUGAAGGUGUUUGUUCAGCAUUUUUUUUAAUUAAGGAAAUCAUUUCCCCCUUUUUUUAAUCAAGCAAGAAAUACAUUGUAUUGCUCCAAAUAUGUGUCGUCUUUUAAUGACGUUGUUGUAUGCAUGAGUGAAUGAACAUGUACUAGAAUUGUGUACAUGAAAACAAUUUCCGGUAAUCUUCAAAGAUGCCGCAUAACAAUACUUUAGCUUAAUUACGUGUUCAAGUACAUGAGAAGAAAGCGUCUGAUAACAAAGGGACCUCAUUUCUUCCAUGUCAGUAAAGAUGCAAUCCACCAUAUUGUCUUCUGUCGCGCCGAAAGGCACCAACGCCUCGUAUGAUUGGUCGACAGGAAAGGUUCCACAACACAAUGUAUGAUUGGUCAAACUAGAUUCAACAACGCGACGCGUAGCAACAGACUUAAAGCGGCACAUGAUUGGUCGAAAUGAUUCCGCAACCCAACUGGAAAAAAAAGCAACCUAUGACUAGCAGCAAUACUAACACCGCUUACGAUUGGUCGACAUAAGAUACUAUAAUGGUGAUUGGUAGCACCACCGUCAGCAACACGACGUAUCAUUGGUCAAAAAAAAGGUUCCACAAUGUGACGUAUGAUUGGCGGGAAGAAUGUUCACUGUUCAUCACAAUUACACAACACAGGAUAUGAUUGGUCUCAAUUAGUUAACAACACGACAUAUGAUUGGUCUCAAUUAGUUAACAACACAACGUAUGAUUGGUCUCAAUUAGUUAACAACACAACGUAUGAUUGGUCUCAAUUAGUUAACAACACAACGUAUGAUUGGUCCAAAAAGAAACUACAAAUAUGUCCGCCACGUAUUUCAAUCACUAGAGCGUAUUUGUGUGG